AUGGCUGAGAAGUCCUUCAAGUAUGUCAUCCUCGGAGGCGGCGUUGCUGCGGGUUAUGGAGCCGCAGAGUUCGCGAAGCAGGGUCUGAAGGCUGGCGAGCUUGCCAUCGUGUCGCGAGAGGCGGUGGCUCCCUACGAGCGACCUGCGUUGAGCAAAGGCUACCUCUUUCCUCAAUCGCCUGCGCGACUGCCUGGGUUCCACACAUGCGUGGGUGGCGGAGGGGAACGGCUGACCCCCGAAUGGUAUUCGGAAAAAGGCAUCGAGCUCAUUCUGAACACGGAGGUCGUGUCUGCUGACAUGGCGAACAAGAAGCUCUCCACCGCGUCGGGCGACACCAUCGCCUUCACCAACCUCAUCAUUGCCACUGGCGCCGAUACCAUCAAGCUGACUGACUUCAAGACGCCAGGCGCGGACGCCAAGGGCAUCUACUACCUGCGGGAGAUCAAGGAGGCGGACGAGCUGUAUGCUGCCAUCCAGGCCAAGAAGGGCGGCAAGGCCGUGGUGGUGGGUGGCGGGUACAUCGGGCUCGAGCUCGCGGCCAUCCUCGCCAUGAACGACAUCAAGGCCACCAUGGUCUUCCCCGAGCCCUUCUGCAUGCCUCGUCUCUUCACCCCGACCCUCGCAGCCUUCUACGAGGGGUACUACGAGGCCAAGGGCGUCACCAUUGUGAAGGGCACGGUCGCCACGGCCUUCACAGCCAACGAGGAGGGGCAGGUGAAGAGCGUCACGCUCAAGAGUGGAGAGACUCUAGAGGCGGAUCUGGUGGUGGUGGGCGUGGGCGCCCGCCCCAACGUGGGGCUCUUCAAGGAUCAGCUCGCGUUUGACAAGGGCGGGAUUAAGAGCGUGACGCUCAAGAGUGGGGAGACGCUGGAUGCAGAUCUGGUGGUGGUGGGCGUGGGCGCCCGCCCCAACGUGGGGCUGUUCAAAGACCAGCUCGCCUUCGACAAGGGGGGGAUCAAGGUGGAUGCUCGCUUCCUCUCCAGCGCCCCAGGCGUGUAUGCCGUGGGGGAUGUAGCGACAUUCCCCAUGAUCAAGUAUGGUGAUGAGAGGCGCGUGGAGCACGUGGAUCAUGCCAGGAAGUCAGUGCAGCAGGCUGUGAAGGCAAUCAAGGCAGCGGAGGCGGGGGAGCAGGUAGCGGACUACGCCUACCUGCCCUACUUCUACUCGCGCUCCUUCGACCUCUCCUGGCAGUUCUACGGGGACAACGUGGGCGACACCGUGCACUACGGGCUCACGGACGGCAAGGCGGCCGGCGAUGGGGCGGCGAAGUUCGGCGCGUACUGGGUGAAGGAUGGCAAGGUGGUCGGCGCAUUUCUGGAGGGCGGGAGUGCGGACGAGAACAAGGCGAUUGCGAAGACAGCUCAGGAGCAGCCGGCAGUGGGGAGCCUAGAGGCACUGGCAGGAGAGGGGCUGGGGUUUGCCCUGAAGGCUUGA